GCCCUGCAUUGCUCGCCUCGCCGUCUUCGCUACCAGCAUGCGCUGUACUGGGCGCUCCUCUGCCGCCCCCGUCUACAAGUAGCUCUCGCCUGCGCCCUCGCCCUGAACGCGCGCCCCAACAUGUCCGCCCAACGCAUCGGCAUCUUCACCAUCGACUUUCCCGAUCCUCGCCUCAUCGACUACGACAACAACCAGUUCCAGACGCUCAACGAAUCCCUCGGCUUCCGCUACCGCAUCCUCAGCAACAUCCAGACGCUGUCCACCAAGGGCGUCGACUCGGACCAGGACCCCUAUGGCAUUCUCUACGUACCCAACCUCUCGUCGCCCCAAUGCAAGACCGACGAGGCGAGCCAUGUCCCCGCCAACGCCACCCGCAUAGCCAACCUGCCGCGCGACAAGGCGUAUGCCCUCAUCGCUGUCGCCCCCUGGUUCUCGGCGCAGUGCACCCUCGAGUACUUUGCAGAGGCGCGCCAACAACUGACCAAAGCCUUCAUCACCUACCUGCCCGGCGACGGCAAUGAGACGCCGCCCGUGCUGAACGACGCUGCGUGGAACCUGCAGGAUGGCGGAAGCUGGCAGUCGUUGAACAACUUUCCUACCUAUGCCGUUUCUUCCAUGACUGGCAACAACAUCGCGGACCAGCUGAAUCUGUACUCGAAAAACCUGACGGAUGUGCCCAACGGAGACAAGCUGCUCGAGUUUUACAAUCCGACCGACUACAUACGACUCUGGGCGACAGUCAAUACAAACACUGGCGGUCAGCUCCCAAGUCUGUGGGUUUUCCUUGUCAUAGUAUUGGCCAUCCUGCUUGUGGCUGUCAGCAUCACCUCGGUCGUUAUGCACGUUAUCCAACGAAGGCGUCGCAACGACCUCCGUCAGCGCGUUAUCGACGGACAGGUCGAUCUCGAAGCCUUGGGCGUAAAGCGUUUAACUGUUUCGCAGCAAAUCCUCGAUAAGCUGCCCAUACACACAUUUUACGCGAACAAUUCAGACGUGUCUGAAAAGGCCGACCAAGAGCCCCUUGGUCAAGCCGCUGAUGGUCCGUCUUCUGCAGUAAGCGCCGGAGCCGGUCCCAAACCACCAGUGCUCUCCCGUCACUCGUCAGCUCCUACAGUACCACAGUCUUCCAUGUCCACGUCUUGGUCGCAACUCACUUGUCCUAUUUGCAUGGAUGAUUAUGAGCCAAACGAAACUCAAGUGCGUGAGCUUCCUUGCCACCACAUCUUCCAUUCCGAGUGCAUCGAUCCCUUUCUCCUCAACCACUCCUCGUUAUGUCCCAUGUGCAAGCAGACCGUCUUGCCCACGGGUGUCUGUCCGGUCAAGAUCACAAAUAUCAUGGUACGCCGCGAACGGCAUAUCAAUCGUAUACGCGCGCGCAGCGCACGUGCGGCCAACACACAAGCAGGCUCCACGACAGAUACAGCUGCUGGUUCGUCAGCACCACUGGCUCGACCACCUGCCAUCCUGGGAUCGCUUGGUAAUAGGAUAGGCGGUGCAAUGACAGGUCGAAGAAUCUUUAGUGCACCCCAGCGAAUGCAACCUCGUCCUAGUGAGAUUGAGAUGGCAGCAGCACCACCACCAGGCGCUUUACCACCGCCACCCACCAAUGAAGGACCUCAGCAACAAUCACAAAACUGCGACCCUGCUCAAAACCGAAGAGAAUGGGCGCGACAACGGGCAUUAGCCAUGCUUGGCCCUCGCCAUGCACCUGCCAACGAUGAAGACGAGGAUGCAAACACACCUCGAUGGCGGCGUAUCUUCCGCAAAGUCUUUCCCAUGUAGUCGUCCACCAUGCACAGCACAGCCGACUUUUCUUCUUUUUCUAAAUAUCACGAUACCAGAGCAUCUUCUUGGCGCAUAUAACCACUCCC